AUGGUCUCUCAAUAGUCUGUAUUAUAAGGAAUUAUAGUUGCAAUUUCUCUUUGUUUAGCAGGAGUUGCUAUUUUUUCUCAACAAAUCGAGAAUAAUUCAUAAUUGAUUUAGGGAAUUUAAAAUGGUUAUUCAACAGGCAGGAAUCUUUAUGGUUUAGAUGAUGAAUAUGAAUCUAAAGAUUUUGAAAGUGGUUACAGCAAGCUCUUUUAAUACCAUUUUAAAGGUGAUUGGUAGGCAAAAUAGCCUAUUAAUAAUUAAGCAAAUAGCUAAAUGGGAAAUAGCAGUAUAAAUGUUGACUAGUAACUUGGAUUCAUUAGAAAAACAAGCGGGAAGAUUUAUGUUAGAUUCAACGAUUUGAUGUUUUCUGAAAACAAAAUGCUCUAUAUUUAUCUCUACGAAGAUGAAUUUUAUGACGACUAAAGAAGAAUACUGAUAAAAAUGCCCUUUGAAGUUAAUAGGCUAUAUAAUUAAUAUCAUCAAAAUAUAGCAAUGAUGAUGAUGAUGGAUAAAAUGAUGCAGGUUGAUAGAGAUGACUUAGAAGUCACAUUUGAGUCUUUCUUCUAUAACAGGGAUAACAAAAAAAUUAUCUACUAAAGAAUGGGUGGUAAUAAUAUAGAUUUUGAGAAAAUUAACUUCCAUAUUAGUGUUGAAGCUAUCUCCAAAGGAAGAAUAUUAAGUUUUACUUCAGACCUUGAGUUAGUAACAGAAAGCCAAGUAUUAAAAAAUCUCAAUUUCUGUCUUUUCGCAACUGCAAUAUCUAUAAUAUCCCUCGCUGGCUCUACUCUCUUAUAUAAUAAACUCAAAUAAUCAGAAAACGAAGCAAAAAAUCUUUCAUUGAUAACUCUUGGAUUUUGUACUGUCUAAGAUGCCUAUUUGUGCUUAGUAUUUUUGUGGUAGGCUCUGUCUAUGAAUAAAUUAUUUAUUAUGUACACAAUUCCCGCACUGUGUUAUUUCAUGCUUUCGACUGUAUUCGAAAUGAGACUCACUGUUUUAGCUUGGAAAGAGAAAUACUAUUACAGAUUCUCAUAACAGAAUGAAGUUAAGAAAGGAAUAGCUAUAUUCUACUCACUUUUCUAUUUAGGGCUUUUUGGAUUUUUCAUUUCGAUGUCAUUUUUCUUUAUCUAUGACACCUUUGUAUUUUGUUUAAGCUUUUUCUUUGUCCCAUAAAUUGUUUGCACAGCCAUCAAUGGAAACAGCAAGAAAUUCUACAAUUCUUAUGUCUUUGGUAUUUUAUUACCAAGAAUAGCACUACCACUUUAUAUGAGAGGAUGUCCUAGUAACAUUAUGAAUUUUAAGCCAUCAUAAGAAUUCUGUGUUUUGUGGGUGACAUCUUUUGCAUUAUAAAUAUUCAUCAUGUACCUCUAAAGCAAGUUUGGACCAAGAUUUUUCAUUCCCUCUAUAUUCCUUCCAAAAUAAUAUAACUACAAUUUUGUUUACUAAUACAAUCCAGAAGAAAAAGAUACAGAUGACUGCUCUAUCUGUUUAGGUCCCCUUCAUUUAAAUCCCAUGGAAGACGAACCACCAAAAGAUAAUAAAAAAUGCCAAAUUAACUUAGAUCAAAAGCCCUCUUAGAAUACAUAGUUGAUUAAGAAGAAAAAAAUAUACAAGACACCUUGUAACCAUUUGUUCCAUAUAGAAUGCUUACAUCAAUGGGUAGAAGUUAAGUUAGAAUGCCCAUAAUGCAGAUAGAAUUUACCAACCUGCUUUUGA